AUGACGUCUCACGACGGCCCCGAGAUUUUACAAAUUUUCGGCUUCCUUCUUUCUACUUUCGUCUUCUUUCGGAAAUCCAGCCCGUAUUGGACGACGACUUUACCGAAUAUGCCCAGUAACGCCUCAAGCUCUAGAACCCACAAGUCGUGUGAUGCAUGCACGUCGCGCAAAGUCCGAUGUCCAGGCCCAGGGUCAUCUGGAACUUGUACCAACUGCACGAGAAGGAAGAGCGAGUGCGUUUUCGGCGUGAGGAAACUGGCCCGCAGGCCAAACAUUCAAAGACAAUUUUUCCCUACGAGCCGGUCUUCCGGCACGCCUGAUGAGAUACAACAAGGGUGCACCGUAUCGGUUUUAGACUUCGCAACACUGCCAACACCGGCAUCUAAGUCACCGGAUCCGACAAUCUCGGAGAAAUCAUCCACUCCCGAUCCAAAUGCCCGACGGCCCGCCCCGCACCGGAUUCCGGAACUCUACGUGGAUCGAGUACUCGAUAGAGCUCGUAAAGCUCCGAGAUCAACCAGGCCUUCCGAGGCCUCCAACUAUGUCAAAGGUUAUGGUAUUUUUGGCGGUACGAAGAAUUUGACCUUCUUUUCUGAAGGGAGAUUGAAAUCCCUCGCACAAUGCCUCGGCCAUGAGAAAGUCCACGAUCUGGUCGGGCGAAUUGCAAGCGCUGUUGAGGAACGCGGGAGGUUCGUCAAACUCCGUGCUUGUAGUUUGAAUCGUCGACCUGAGCGCCCGGCCUGCCUUGACGACAAAGCCCUUCUCGCAAAGUAUGUUAAAUUAUAUUUUGAGCAAGUACACCCUCGGUUCCCGUUCCUCGACCGCGACGCAUUCGAGAGGACUGCUUUUAGUCAGGAUCAGCCUCACUCUGCGCCCAAAAGCAAGUCAUGGAUAUGUCUCUAUCAUUCCGUUCUUGCUCUUGGUUGUCAAUACGACGGUGGUGGGUCUUUUGAGCCUGGGGAAGGUGAUGCAUGGAAGUUCUUCUCAAUCGCUCUAGCCAACUUUGCCGAUUUGAUCAUGCUACCAGACACUCUUACAACUUUCCAAGCUGUAGUAGCAAUGAUGAUAUACUCGCUUGGUAUUGCUGGUAUUGUGCUGGAGCACGUCCUCAUGUCAGAAGCUGCCCGGCGAGCACAGAAUCUCGCCGACGCCAAGUUUGUCGGAGCCGCAGCAGACGCAUUCCGGCGGACUUUUUGGGUGUUUUACUCAUUGGAAAAGAUCAAUAGCUUCCAUCAUGGUAGAUCAUCUGCAAUCAUGGACUGCGAUAUAUCCUGCUCCGUUCCAUCCACACCCGAAUCCUUCUUCUCUGGCGGCUUCGAUUGGUUUUUAUGUUUCGUCAGCCACGCGCGUCUGCUAUCCCGGGCAAACACAUCACUCUUCUCUGUUGGCGUAUCCGAUAACCCCGGGGAGUACCACCUAGACAUCAUCGAUCAGCUUCUGGACGAGCUCGAAGAUUGGAGAAACUCACUGCCGGAUAACGGCUUCAGGCCAGGCGGCUGGGUCAAACCUCACUCAAUCAUUGAAGACCAAGAGCGUACAGUUGCUCUAGUCACACAUUUUCUCUACUACAGUUUCCUCCUGACGAUUUCUCGAAUGGCUUUGAGAUACUUGCCAGUGUCAGAAAACUCUCCAGAAUAUUCUCGCCGAGAUGAAACUCUGAACACUGUAGAGCACAGUGCUCGUUCCUUGCUAGAAUUGAUCUCGAUAAUAGACAUGUCGCCCUACACCCCCAUGUGGAUGAUGGCAACAAUUCCCAUCAUGGCCUUUUUUGUCUUAUUCGAUCUCGUCAUCCAUAAUCCUCGGCAAAUUCAUACAGCAACCAACUUGGCGUUGCUUGACGUGGUAAAGGGCCACUGCAGCCGAAUGGAAAUGAUCUCGAAUGGUGCGAUACCAGGAUCCAUGGUUGGCGAGUUUGCACAGAUCGCUCGAAGUUAUGUGAACGAGGUCAACGGACGGAGUCCAACCGGCCUGACACCACAUGCGCCAUCUGAAGCAUUCCAGGCACUCACUACACAGCCUCAAUGGUCACUGCCCCAGCAACCCAAUUAUGACGUCGCUUCAACGGACAUUCACACGGACUUCUCGACUAUGAACUUGGCCUCUAACUCGACUAUGACGGGACGUAUGGAUAUCGAAGCACCCGCGGUUGUCCCCAGUCCGCUCGUCGGAACUGACGUGAUGAAUCUCUUCGAAGGCUGGCUCCCCGACCUGGAUCCCAUGUUCUUCCACACUAUGAGCGCUCAGAACAACAUGGACCAAUCGACAUCUCAGCAUGACUUCCCGAUUUCCUCGGAUCCGUUGUAUGGACAUCCCUCUUGA